AUGUGGGUCACUAAUUUUGGGGGCAAGGUCGCCGGUGGCAGCGGCGGGGAGCUGCAGGGCCUCGCGUGCCCGCCUCCAAUGCAUCCGCUGAGCAACGCCGCUCGUAUUCGCGGAUCCGGCAAGGCCGCGCCAAUCGAUCUGCGGCCUAACUGCACACAUCCGAACCGAGUAGCAGAUCGAGAACGGCUGCGAUCGAGUUGGACAACCACUUUCAUUGUUCCGGCGCCGGCCGAGGGGCCGCCUCCGUGCACCAAAUCGCGUAAAAGUGAAAGUAUCCAUGAUGCGAUCACGAGGCACGUUCACUCGCCAGCGAAAACCAUGCGCGCUGUUAUAUCGCGGCCACUCCUUCUUGAUACUCUUUAUUGUGGGCCAGCAUCCGGAACUGGGUCGCUGACGAUGGCGACUCCGUUCUCGAAUGUUCCAAAGUUCGCCCUAUUGUCGCCGCGCCAGAGAGCACGA